AUGGCUGCAGAAGAUAAAACCAAAAAACCACCUCAUGUUUUACUCUUCCCGUUCCCAUCACAAGGUCACAUAAAUCCUUUAAUCCAAUUCGCCAAAAGAUUAAUCUCCAAAGGUGUCAAAACAACACUCAUAACCACCAUCUUCGUCUCCAACUCCAUCCUCUCCAAUCACUCCCACAACACCAUUCCAAUAGUAUCGAUUUCCGAUGGCUUUGACGUGGGUGGCUUUGCAACUGCAGGCAGUUCCGAGAUCUACCUCGAAUCGUUCCGUGAAGUUGGGUCGAAAUCACUUGCAGAUGUGAUCAGAAAGUUUCAUAGUGAAGGAACCACCAUUGAUGCCAUCGUCUAUGAUUCGUUUAUCAAUUGGACUUUGGAUGUGGCCAUGGAGUUCGGAAUCGAUGGCGGUGCUUUUCUUACUCAAGCUUGUGCUGUAAAUAACAUAUAUUAUCAAGUUUAUAAGGGAAUCCUGUCAAUCCCAGCGGAUUCGACGGUUUCGGUUCCUGGAUUGCCGGAGCUUGAAUAUUGGGAGACGCCAUCUUUUGUUCAAAAUCCUGGACCAUACCCUGCUUGGUCUCACAUUGUUUUCAAUCAGUUCUCUAAUUUCGAUCAAACACGUUGGGUUUUCUCCAAUACGUUCUACAAACUGGAAGAAGAGGUGAUCGAAUGGAUGAAAACAUUGUGGCCAUUAAGGGUUAUCGGGCCAACGAUUCCAUCAAUGUACCUUGAUCGGCGAUUACAAUAUGACAACGACUACGGGGUCAAUCUCAUCAAACCGAACCAUAACGAAUGCAUGGAGUGGCUAAACGAUAAACCAAAGGGAUCAGUUGUUUAUGUGGCGUUUGGGAGCUAUGGAGAGCUUGUACCCGAACAAAUGGAAGAAGUUGCAUGGGGUUUGAAAGAUAGUGACUUGAAUUUCUUGUGGGUUGUGAGGGCAUCGGAAGAGGAAAAGCUCCCGAAAGGGUUUGUAGAUCGGGAAACCAAAAAGGGUUUGGUUGUGGCAUGGUGUAGGCAACUAAAGGUGUUGUCACAUGAGGCGGUCGGAUGUUUUGUUACACAUUGUGGAUUUAACUCGAGUCUUGAAGCAGUAAGUUUGGGAGUACCCGUCAUUGCAAUGCCGCAAUGGACAGAUCAAAUAACGAAUGCCAAGUGCCUUGAGGAUAUUUGGGGUGUCGGAAUAAGGGUUAAGCGUGACGAGAAGGGGAUCGUGAAGCGAGUAAAUCUGGUGUCGGGUAUAAAGGCGAUUAUGGAUGGCGAGCAAGGAGUUGUAGCAAGGAGGAAUGCAAAGAAAUGGAGGGAUUUGACUAAAGAAGCCGUUGCGGAGGGUGGGAGUUCAGACAAGGAUAUCGACGUAUUUGUAUCCGACUUAAACCGUUCACGUUUACGUUCUUAGAAAGCAUAUUUAAAAACUUCAUUUAUGUAGUCUCAAG